AUGGGGACGGGGGAUACAGAAGCAGGAGCAGCGAGUGCUGGGACGACUGAAGGAGGAGAGGGAGCAGUGGAAGAUCCAAGCCAACGGGUGGAUCGAGCGAGUCGAGCCUUAGCUUUGAAAGACUGGCGAUGGGCCAGCUGGGGCGGGUCGACGAGAUCGGGGGGAUAUCUCGGGGGCGGCAUCGAAUAUCGCAACCCCUCCGGAUCGCGAACUUCGCGUCGAAAACACGCUGAACCAUGCUGCAGUCGAUAA